AUGCCGACUCUGAGCCCAUCCAGGUCCCAGAGAUCCAGGAUCCCAGGAACUCCCAAGGCUCUGGCCACAGAUCCCAACUCCCCUGAGCUGUUUGAGAAGUCCUGGCCAUCUAGGUCAGGGACCCCUUCCCCACCCAGCACCACUGAGGAACAGAUGGGUACCUCUUCACCACCCACUCUGAUUGACAGUGGUGACUCCGUGGUGGCCAAAUUCAUAAACCGGUUCCGGCAGGCUCAGCCCACAAGCCGAGAGGAACGCCAGCCUGCAGGCCCAACCCCAGCUGACUUUUGGUGGUUGCGGCCUGAAUCUCCAGACCCUAGUAGUCAACUUGCAGCAGCAGGAGCCAAUAAACCAGAAGGAAGACUCACCACAGAAAUCCCAACUCUUGCCAAGGUUGCCAGUGCAUCGCAGGCUAAGGCUAUGGCCCCCCUUCAGGAAAUAAAGCAGAGCCUCAACACAUGGAACUCAUCCCUGCUGGACUUGGAGAUGCUGAGCCUGCAAAGUAGAGCUGCCAGGCUGCUGAAACACAGCAAGGCCUCCGUCUCCUCCUGCAGCCCCACCAAUUCCGUAUUCCCUGUCAGCUCUGAUGGUCUUUCUCCUUCCUCUGUGGCCUUCACUCCUGACUCCAGCAAGGGCUCUGACCCCAAGGCACAUGCAACUCCGGCACCAGCCCCCAGCCCUGCUCCAGCCCUGGUCUCCUCCCAGGCACCCCUGCGGCCAGAGGAUGACAUUCUGUACCAGUGGCGACAGCGGCGGAAGCUUGAACAAGCUCAAGGGGGUCAGGGUGAUGGAACCUGGGUGCUGCCAGGGACCUCUGCCCUCACUACUCCGGUCCCUGUCCCCAUCUGUCUGCAUACCUCGCCUGCCCCUGCGGAGAUCCUUAGUUCCCUGGGAACACAGCCUAACUGCAUCCCACUCUGGGGCAGUGUGGCCGGGCCUGCUCCCCAGGAAGCCUAUGUCGAGAGGCGUCCUAUUCCCCCAGAGUUCUCUCCACACAUCUUUCAGGGUCCUCAACCCCAUAGGUUUUUCUGGACCCCACAGCCCGGUUCCUGGGUAUCUUUUGGGGACGUCCCCCCCAUGCCCUGUGCCUCUACUCCUGGGCCCCCUAUCACCACCCAGGGCCCGCCCACCCCUGCGCCAUGUACCUCUGCCCAGCUGGAGAGGCAGGACCCCAAACCUCGGAAGGGUAGAGCCUGGUGCCCGGAACCUGCUGGGCGAGUCAUGGCGGCUGACCAGGAGCCUAGCCCACAGCUCCGUGGCCCUCUGGGCCAGGUAGUGACAGCUCGGCUCUUCCCUGACAGCUUGGAGGACACGCCCCCUCGCCUCAAGAGCCUGCCUCCACCUCUGGCCGAAUCUCGGAAAAUCAAGAACACACAACCCAAAACUAAGGUUAUGCACCCGUGCUCAGCAGUUACCUCCCCUCUAUCUGAUUCACGGUUUCCUCAGGGGACCCCACCUGGUCGGCCUAAGGCUGAGUCUCGAAAUGCCAAAACUACGCCCCUCGAGGAGGGGUGGGUGCUUUGCAGUGAACUCAGGAAUCCUCAGUCCAAGGCCCCGCCCCCUCCAGCCGAAGAGGCUUCCACCGGGGCUGGAGCCCCGCCCGCUUUGUUCGAGGCGGGGUCUCUAGAGGCUGUGGUCCCUUCCUCGCCCGCUGCUGACCACGCCCCCCCAGAGGACCUGCUCUCCCAGGCCGCCAGGCUUCUGCAGGCUGCUGAAGAUUCCGACAGCAGCGAGUUCCCGGAGGACCCUGUGCUGCAGGUGCUAAGGGUUCAGAGGGCUGAGCUGCGGCGGCAGAAAAGGAAAGUGGACGCCCAAUUAUCCCUCCUACUGGGUCACACCGAAGACUCAAGGUCUUGGUUCCUCCUGCCAGGUCAACCCCCAGGUCCCCAAGGAUGUGGCUGA